AUGGAUCAAAGGGAGAAUCUUUUCCACAUUAGAGGCAAGGUAGACUGUACAUGUAAUGUGAUAAUAGAUAGUGGUUCUUGCACUAAAGUUAUUGCAUCUAAGGUUGUGUCGAAACUAAACUUAGCCACAAGGGCACACCCUAAGCCAUAUAAGUUGAGUUGGCUAGAUGAUAGCACUGGCACGAGGGUGAAGAAACAAGCUCUAAUUGCAUUCUCUAUAGGGGGUUAUAAGCAUGAAUUAUGGGGUGAUGUAUUGCCUAUGAGUGCGUGCCAUCUUUUGCUUGGAAGACCAUGUCAGUUUGAUAAAAAGGUCAUCCAUGAGGGGGACUCUAAUGUGUAUUUUGUGUUGGUUGGUUCUGAGAGGGUUCUAUUGCAUCUCUUAGCUCCUUAUACAGUGGCGCCAAAGCAACCACCUAAGAUACAAAGUUACUUUCUAUCUUCAAGAGAGUUUGAACAAGAAGUGGAGGAAGAAGGUUGUGCUUAUGCCUUGGUUGUAAGACAUGUUGCCACAAGUGUCAAGACUCCUAGCAAUGAUAAGCUCGAAGCCUUGAUGAAGGAGUUCGAAGAUGUCUUUUCUGAGGAUCUACCACAAGGACUACCACACUUGAGAGGCAUAGAACAUGUUAUUGAUCUUGUACCUGGCACCCCUUUGCUAAUAACCUGCUUAUAG